ACAGCUCAACUUGAGUGGACAGCUCAACUUGAGAAGACAGCUCAACUUGAGGGGACUGCACUACUUAAGAGGAAAGCACUACUUGGGAGGAAAGCACAACUUGCGAGGACAGCAAAGCUGACGAGGACAGCAGAGCUUGCAAGGACAGCACGGCAUGCGAGGACAGCACGGCUUGCACGGACAGCACAGCUUGCGAAGACAGCACAGCUUGCGAGGACAGCACAGCUUGCGAGGACAGCACAGCUUGCGAGGAAAGCACAGCUUGCGAGGACAGCACAGCUUGCGAGGAAUGCACAGGUUGCGAGGACAGCUCAGCUUGAGAGGACAGCUCAACUUGACAGGACAGCUCAACUUGAGCGGACUGCUCAACUUGAGAGGAAAGCUCAACUUGAGAGGACAGCUCAACUUCAGAGGACAGCUCAACUUGAGAGGACAGCUCAACUUGAGAGGACAGCUCAACUUGAGAGGGCAGCUGAACUUGAGAGGGCAGCUCAACUUGAGGCGACAGCACAGCUUGCGAGGACAGCACAGCUUGCGAGGACAGCACAUUUUGCGAGGACAGCACAGUUUGCGAGGACAGCACAGCUUGCGAGGACAGCACAGCUUGCGAGGAGAGAACGGCUUGCGAGGACAGCACAGGUUGCGAGGACAGCACAGGUUGCAAGGACAGCACAGCUUCCAAGGACAGCAAAGCUUGCGAGGACGGCCCAGCUUGUGAGGACAGCACAGCUUGCGAGGACAGCACCGCUGGGAGGACAGCACAGCUUGCGAGGACAGCACAGCUUGCGAGGACAGCACAGCUUGCGAGGACAGCACAGCUUGCGAGGACAGCUCAGAUUGAGAGGACAGCUCAACUUGAGAGGAGAGCUCAACUUGAGCAGACUGCUCAACUUGAGAGGAAAGCUCAACUUGAGAGGACAGCUCAAUUUGAGAGAACAGCUCAACUUGAGAGGACAGCUGCACUUGAGAGGACUGCACAACUUGAGAAGACAGCACAAUUUGCGAGGACAGCAAAGCUUGCUAGGACAGCAAAGUUUGCGAGGGCAGAACAGCUUGCGAGGACAGCACGGCUUCUCACAGAGGUUGGGAGGUCAGCUCAGCUUGCGUGGACAGCAGAGCUUGCGAGGACAGCACAGCUUGCGAGGACGACAUGGCUUGCGAGGACAGCACGGCUUGCGAGGACAGCACAGCUUGCGAGGACAGCACGGCUUGCGAGGACAGCACAGCUUGCGAGGACAGCACAGCUUGCGAGGACAGCUCAACUUGAGAGGACAGCUCAACUUGAGAGGACAGCUCAAUUUGAGAGGACAGCUCAACUUGAGAGUACAGCUCAACUUGACAGCUCAAUUUGAGACCACAGGUCAACUUGAGAGGACAGCUCAACUUGAGAGGACAGCUCAACUUGAGAGGGCAGCUGAACUUGAGAGGGGAGCUCAACUUGAGACGACAGCACAGCUUGCGUGGACAGCACAGCUUGCGAGGACAGCACAGCUUGCGAGGACAGCACAGCUUGCGAGGACAGCACAGCUUGCGAGGACAGCACAGCUUCCGAGGACAACACAGCUUGCGAGGAGAGAACGGCUUGUUAGGACAGUACAGGUUGCGAGGACAGCACAGGUUGCGAGGACAGCACAGCUUCCAAGGACAGCACAGCUUGCGAGGACAGCACAGCUUGCGAGGACAGCACAGCUUGCGAGGACAGCACAGCUUGCGAGGACAGCACAGCUUGCGAGGACAGCACAGCUUGCGAGGACAGCACGGCUUGCGAGGAAAGCACAGGUUGCGAAGACAGCUCAGCUUGAGAGGACAGCUCAACUUGGGAGGACAGCUCAACUUGAGCGGACAGCUCAAGUAGAGAGGACAGCUCAACUUGAGAGGACAGCUCAACUUGAGAGGACAGCUCAUCUUGAGAGGACAGCUCAACUUGCGAGGACAGCUCGAGAGGACAGCUCAUCUUGA